AUGGUAUACCAAUAUUGGUUAAUGUGCUGCUUGAGUGUUUCCGUUGCGAUUAUCUCCAAUCUCACAAAAUCUGGGACUUUGAGCAGAUCCUCCAUACCGUACAGUCUCAUCAGAUCAAAUCUUGUUUCCCCAAGAAGUCGCAGCCGAGAAGCAGGUUUGGAUCCAGCGCGAGAAGCUCUGGCUGGUCGAAAGCUACAGACCAUACGUUUUCUGGAACUCAGGCACGACUCAAGGGGCAGGGAUCUUUCCACUCGGUCCUAUGGCGAACAUGACGGAGAAUGCGCGCAAGCAGCAUCUUUCGUGAACUAUCUGGGUAAAGGAUUUCCGAGCCCCGCAUUGCUGUCGACGAGCAGCUGGUUUCUGGGCCAAAUUCCUUCCGCCAAGCCACAAGCGGCCAAAAAUAAGCCCUCCGUCCGACAAUCUCAACAUCGAUCAACCCCGAAGAAGUUCCGAAGCCCCGGUCCAGAGAGUGUUUCGGUAAGCCACAGUCGAUCAGCAAAGAACUCUCUGGCCGCGACGAUCUCAGCACACAACGUUUGA